CACACCACGCCUGCGGCCGAUCCCGUUCAGCCUGCGCGUGCGCUAAGGUGCGCUGCGCGCCACCGUAUCUCGCCUCACCCCCACUAAUGAUCGGCCGUGCAGUACUACGGUCCCGACGUGGAGGAGAUCGUCCGCACAGAGACCGCCUGGUGCGAUCACUGCUCUAGCUGGUAUGAAGGCAAGGGCGCACCCCGCAAGCGCUGAUCACCUCCGAUCGCGUUGGUGACUCACCCACUGCACCCGCCCGCCGCCAUGACGACGCCGCCGACGACCCAGACGACGCCCAGAAGACGACCACCUCACGCUGCAUGCCACGCACUGUACAACACGCCCACGACGUGCUCACCUCAAUAUCUAUUACCCGCGCUCUCCCUGCUCUCGCGCGCUUUCCCUCCGUCCCCCCACCCCGUUUCCCGUCUAUUACUAUCUAUUCGCUCGUCAGCAAUCCGAUCGUGCGUUCGCUCGUCGUCAUCAUCAUGCUCUCAUCCUCUUCAUUGCACUAUCUUACACAUUUCACAUCCUCGCCGGUGCGGGCGUGACUGCGUUUUAUGCGGCGCGCUCAUCGCCUCGGUGGCUAAUCGCGCACGCAUUCCCACUUUUAAUUGCCUGGACUAUCCGGGUACUGUACUUGUAUCCUUCACGAUAUUUAUUAUGCCCCUGCGCUCAACCAUGUAUCCUAACACUCUAAUGCAUGUCCUUUGCGCGAGCUCAUUCCCGCGUGCUGUCGGCUCUGUGUCGUUCUUUUCCCUUCCAAGCAGAGUGUUUGCUCUCUAUUGACGCGUCGCCAAUGAGUACAAUGUUGAUACAACGGUC